GUUCUAAGAAAGUGCUUCUGGAAAUCAUAGAAAAUCUUUGAGCUGAAGCCAGUAGGAUGAAACUUGAAAUGGGCAGAAUCCACAUCACUGAAUUUCUUCCUCUCUGCAAACUUGUGCAGAACAAAAGCACCUCUACCUGCGAGAGAAUGGCUGAAGCUGAGCUGAUGAGUGCAUCCAUGGACGUUUUGUUGCAGAAAGCAAUCUCAGUGACUGCUGAAAACAUAGACCUUGUGUUUGGUUCUCAGGAAAGCUCAGGGUCCUUGAAUACUAUGACAAAGAAUUUGUUUUCCCACUCCAGUGAAGAGACUAAUCUUGUGCAGACCAUCAGAGAAGAGUUGGAGAGUCUGGAAGGUUCUUUAUCAAUCAUCCAAGCCGUCUCGCGGGACAAUCUGAGGCUGCAGGACAAGGCAGAGAACAUCAAGCACUGGCUGCAGAAGCUUGGAGGUUUAGCCUAUAAUGCUGAUGAUGUUUUGGCAGAAUUUGCCUAUGAAAUUCUCCCAGCAUGAGGUAGAGAUCUUGAACCAAGAGAAACCAAAGGUAUGCUUCUUCUCCUCACAUUCUAAGAAGAAAGCCUUUGUCUAUGAAAUGUUACCAAAAGCAAGAGAUAUUUAUAAUAAGCUGAAGAUGAUCGAUAAAGGAAAUGAACACUUGUGUAGAUCAAAAGCACAAGCGAACCAGCAACCAUUAGGUCUUUCACUUAAGAAUAUCAGUUUAUAAUCAGCACAAGAGAAACACGGGAUUUAAGAAGUGGGGAAGUGACAGAGGAAUUAGAACUCACGACCCAUAAUUUUGUUCUCGUUGUUUAAUCUCUUCUUAUUUGGUCAUUGUGAAUUCUUUCAGCUUUUUGUAAUUUUUCCUUAUUUUACUCCUUUGCAUCUCCAAUCUCUCGCACGGAGGGUGAUCUUGGAAACUUGAAAAUCUACCACAUAAAACAUUAGUUCUUUUUCAUUUACAGUUUGUUAAUUAUCAAAAUUAGAAUAUUAAAGACAACACUAUAUAUCACCCGCUAUCUUUUACUGUGAUGAGCAUGUAAUUUCCAGGGCCACUGGAGCCCAGUGGUCAUCCCAAGCCUAAGGUGCGGGAAGUCAAGGGUUCGAACCUUGCCUCCCACAAAAAUUGUCACAAUAUGUGACGGUCUUCAUUGACCAGUUUCGAUGGAUUUUCUACUCACAUCGAGUCCUCUCCUCCUCCCCCUAGAAUAGGUUAGUUUAGAUUAUAGGAAUUCUAUCGUAUCGAAAAAAAAAAAGCAUAUUAUUUCCAGGCCAAAA